AAUAGCAUCCUCUCCGCGUGAUUUCAUGAAUCCACAAAUAUCUAUACAUACAAACAUACAUACAAAUCCAAAAUUCUGAAACAACCUCCUCUCUCUCCUCUCUCUAAACCCUAACCUAACCGCCAUUGAUACACACAUACACACACGCGAAAACAUAAAAACAAAAUUCGAAUUGAAUCAUUGUGGAAAUCAAUAAUCAAUGGCGUUUGAUAGCAAAGCUCCAGGAUUCGAUCUCGAGGCGCAGAACGGCUACUUGUACCCUGGAAUGAUGGAGAAUCCUGAGCUUCGUUGGGGAUUUAUACGUAAAGUUUACGUGAUUCUGUCUCUGCAGUUGCUUCUCACCGUCGGUGUCGCUUCUGUCGUUGUUUUCGUUGAGCCGAUCAACGAUUUUGUUCUUCAUACGCCUGCCGGCUUCGCUAUUUAUAUCCUCAGUGUCGUUCUCACCUUCAUCAUUCUGUGUCCGUUGCAUAUCUAUCAGAAGCAUCAUCCAGUGAAUCUGAUUCUGCUUAUGAUAUUCACCGUGCUCAUUUCUUUCUCUGUCGGUUUGUCUUGCUCUAUGCACUCUGGGAAAGUCGUACUCGAGGCUGGAAUAUUGACGUGUGCCGUGGUAUUUAGCCUCACUCUCUACACAUUCUGGGCAGCUAAGAGCGGACAUGAUUUUCAGUUUCUCGGGCCAUUUCUAUUCACUUCUCUCUUGGUGCUCUUCCUUUUUGGCUUGAUGCAGAUGUUUUUCCCCAUGGGAAAACUAGGGACCAUGAUCUACGGAUGCAUUGGAGCCAUCAUAUUUUCCGGAUUCAUCAUAUAUGACACUGACAAUCUCAUCAAACGCUAUAGUUACGAUGAAUAUGUGGCAGCUGCAUCAGCUCUAUACUUGGACAUAAUCAACCUGUUCAUGAGUAUACUUGCCAUUCUACAAGGGGAUGAUUAACUAGAAUAUGCUUUGCCAAUCCUGCCACUUAUAAGAAUGGAUGAUGAUCAUUAUGUACAUUCUGAUUAGACUAUAAUGGCUUUCCAACUGUUCUCGGAAUAUGUAACUGAUACUUGGAUAUCACCCGGAGUUCAGCAAACGUUUGGUAUAUAUAUAUGAUGAACCUUGUAAAAAGCAGAAUUGUUGAGAUUAUAUGUUGCUAUUUGGUCGCUGUA